AUGAGCAGCCUGGCCUUGUACCGGGGCAUUUACACGGAGGAGCGCUUCCAGCAGGCCUACGGGGGCCCAGAAGAGCCGGAGAGCAGCCUGCGAGAGGUGCUGAGAGGCAGGCUGGCCCGUUGCUGCCACUGCUCCAGGGCCUCUGCUUUGCACUUCCUCCGAGGCAGGCUUCCCAUUGCAAGCUGGUUGCCCAGGUACCAGCUCAAGAAAUGGCUUCUGGGGGAUGUGCUUGCAGGACUAACUGUGGGCAUUGUGCACAUUCCACAAGGAAUGGCAUUUGCUCUGCUCGCCUCCGUGGACCCAGUCUAUGGACUCUACACUUCAUUUUUCCCGGCUCUCCUUUACAUGCUGUUUGGCACAGGGCGUCAUGUGUCCACAGGCACAUUUGCUGUGGUCAGUCUAAUGACAGGCUCUGUGGUGGAGCGUUUGGUUCCGGUGCCUCUGCAGUCCAAUGACACAGAUCCUGCUGAAGCAGCUUUGCUUGAGGGGCAGCGCAUCGGGGUCGCUGCUGCCAUGGCCUUCCUUACAGGGCUCCUCAUGAUAGCGAUGUUCACUUUUCAUCUGGGCUUCCUGUCUACCUAUCUCUCGGAGCCCGUGGUCAAGGCCUUUACCAGCGGUGCCGCUUUGCAUGUAGUGAUAUCUCAGCUCCAGAGUUUACUGGGAUUGCCCCUCACGCGUCCUGAUGGCUGGUUCACCAUCUUCAAGACACUGGUGUCUGUGGUGGAAGCCUUUUCCUUAACCAACAUAGCUGAAUUGUUGAUCUCAGGCCUCUGCCUGGCUGUGUUGGUGCCCAUCAAGGAGAUCAACAGCCGCUACCGUAACCGGAUGUGGGUCCCCAUUCCAGGAGAGAUCAUCAUGGUACUAUUGGCCACUGGCGUUUGUUUUGCCUCAUCCCUCAACACCCAUUACAACGUACAGAUUGUUGGACACCUCCCAGCAGGGUUCCCACAACCCCAGCUCCCAGACCUGCAUCUGCUGCCCCAAAUGCUGGGUGACACGGUGGCCCUCACUUUCGUGGCCUACGCCAUCUCAGUGUCUCUGGCCAUGAUCUACGCUGAGAAGCACCACUAUACCAUUGAUCCCAACCAGGAACUCUUGGCCCAUGGCCUCUCAAACCUGGUCUCCUCCCUGUUCACCUGCUUCCCCAACUCAGCCACACUGGCUACAACCAACAUCUUGGAGACUGCUGGUGGAUACACACAGCUUUCUGGCCUUUUCACCAGUGCUGUGGUCCUGGUUGUGUUGAUGUGGAUCGGACCACUGUUCUACUACUUGCCCAAGGCUGUCCUUGCAUGUAUCAAUGUCACCAGCCUUCGUCAGAUGUUUUUGCAGUUCCAGGACCUGCCUGAGCUGUGGAGGAUCAGUCAUGUUGACUUUGCCGCAUGGGUGGUCACGUGGCUCUCAGUGGUUGUGAUCAAUGUAGACCUCGGCUUGGCGGUGGGAGUGGUGUUCUCCAUGAUGACUGUGGUAUGCCGCACACAAAGGGCCGAAUGCCUGGUGCUUGGCAGAGCAGCUGAUACGGAGAUCUACAGGCCUGUCAAGGACAACAGCAAGUGUUUUGAGAUCUCCGGGGUGAAGAUUUUGAGCUACCAGGCCCCCAUCUAUUAUGGGAACCGCAGUUUCUUCCGCGAUACCCUGAGCCGUCUAGUAGGGCUAAGUCAGGAGCGAGAGUCACGGGAGGAUGAAGGCCCAGAUAUCAAGAUGCACAUCAGCACUGUGGAAAGCAGCAUCUCUGUCAUAGACAAGAAGCCUGGCUCAGAUGCAGCUAUACAGGCCGUGGUUCUUGACUGCAGUGGAGUGGCCUUUGUUGACUCAGCUGGGGCACGUCUCCUUAUUCAGGUGUGCAUUGAAUGCCAAAAAGCAGGUGUGCAGAUGCACUUAGCCGCUUGCAAUGCAAAUGUCCUGCGAACCCUAAGUUUGUGUGGCCUCAUGCAUCACCUGCACCCACAACAGAUUUUUGUCACCGUUCACGACGCUGCGUCCUACCUCCAGCAGAUCACGGAAACUGUGGAGCAGAAGGACCCAACCAUCUGGGUAUAAUGCUUCGCUGUCUGUCCAGGGCCAAGGACUGAAUCAAACCAACGCAUAUGUAGCAGGAUGAGAUUGGAGAGCAUUACUCAGGGCAGCUGGCUGCCUCUGAGACAUACAAAGUCCUCGCUGCCAAGAUGAAGUGCUGGCUUGCAAGGAAAGACGGCUGAGAAUGCUUACCCAAACAAGAACGGAGACACCAAAGGGAAGAAGGCGGCACAGCGAGUCAAGAAGCACCUUCUAAUCUGGAGAACCGGGUUUGAUUCCCCACUCCUCCACCUGAGUGGCAGAGACUUACCUGCUGAACCAGAUGGGUUUCCACACUUCUGCAAUCCUGCUGGGUGACCUUGGCCUAG